GGCCCCGCCUCUUACGCGUCCCGCGGCCACUGUGACCGCGAUUCCCGUGGUGUAGCUAGUGUCCGGCCCCGUUCCCUAGGGCGGCAUCCACCUCCUGGCUAGGGAAGCGUCAUCACCCGCCAGCUUCGGGUGUUCUCCCUGUUCCCGCGAGGCUCCGCCCUGCUGAGCACCGCCCGCGCGGCCCCGAGGGCGUUUCAGCCCCACGAGCUCCUUAUCCCCGCAGAAACCAUGAUUCGGAAACGGAGAUCGCCGCCGCUGGCCGCGGGGCCGGCUAAGCCCGCGGACUCAUGAUCGAGGACCCCGACCCGGGCCCUGACUCGGGGCCCGAGGGGAGGAUGCUCAGCUCGCCCGACGAGCUGGAGUUCUCCCCGAACUCAAGCCAACAUGAACUCUCGGAGCUGUCGGCCCUGGAGCUCUCCGAAGAGGUGGGCCCCAAGGACAAGAGCCUGCUCUGCUUGCCGGAGAAGAGCGGCUACCGGGACACCGUGUACGUCAAGGCGGCCCACAUCUUCCAGGGCAUCCGCCUCGACAAGGCCCCGGACAAGGUGGUGCUCCGCUACGGGGAAGAGCCGCCCAUAGACCUGCCCGACUUCGAGGACGAGACGAACCUCCGUCUGUCUUACGAGCUUGCCUUCAGCGCCCUGAAGUAUCAAGAUAUUUUGGAAAAUAUAUUAAUAGACAGCUGUUUUUAUCCAAAUGUAUCAAUACCAGAUGCUUUGACAAGCCUUGUUGUUGUGAUGCUGUAUGACUUCCAAGACAGAAAGUUUCAAAGUCGACUUAUUACAGAUGUGGAACAGUCAAUUUCAGAAGUUCAGGAAGUAGAGAAUCUUCUUAACAGUUUUAAAACAAAAUUGGCUGCAGCACUGGCAAGAUGUCGAAUUAAACAUGAUGCUCUUUCAAUUUACCACAUUCUACCAGAAACUGUUAGAAAACAGGAACAAAGAGCUUCAACUUUGCCACUUUAUGCUUGGGUAAAUACUUGCAAAAUCAGCCCUGAAGGUAUCUGCGAUGAUUUGAAAAAAGAAGGAUACACCAAAGUCAAAUCUGCACUUGACUUUGAUUGUAAAUCUUUUUGUAUGGACCAACAUUGCAGUGAUGUUAUAAUUUUCCCAUCUCAUCUGAAAAGUGAACUUCUUAAUAUAGAGCUUUGCACAGGUUAUAAACUUUUGUUUCAGGAUAAAUCUCGGAGUCUUGCUGUCCAUUCUGUAAAGACCCUGCUGAAUAUGGAUGAUGACAUAUUACUGGUCAACAUGGGUUCCUGGUAUACUGUUGCUCAUAUGUCAACACUGACAAAUCAGAAUACCUCAAAAAUAUAUGUGUGUGGAGUAAAAGCACAAACUAAGGAAUCUGAACUGCAGGAUCUUUUUUCAAAUAUGGGAUGUAGAAACAUUGAGGUGUUAAAUGAAAAUUUUACAGACAUAGAAGCAAAAGAUCAAAGAUUACAGAAAGUUAAAGUUAUUCUUCUACUACCUCGCUGUUCUGGAUUGGGUGUUAGCAAUCCAAUAGAAUUUAUUUUAAAUGAGAAUGAAGAUGCAGAUUUGCUUAAAGAUCACUCUCAAGGCGCUAUUGCAAAAGAUAAACUUCAUGUUCUUGCUGAACAGCAAUAUGAACAACUGAAACAUGCAAUGCAGUUUAGUAAAGCACAAGCAAUUGUUUACUGCACAUGUUCAGUUUAUCCAGAAGAAAAUGAAGUUGUCGUUAAAAAAGCACUGGAACUUGGAGUCGAAGGGAAUAAAGUACAACCUUAUAGGCUCAGUCCUCCUGUACUUCCACUAUGUUCUGCAAAAGAAAUCCAUUCAUCUAUUGAUAAAUUUUUCAAAGUAGAACCAUCUGAAAUUACCAAUGGUUGUUUCCUUGCUGUCCUAACAAGAGAGCGGGACCCUUCUGAGACAGUGUCUGUCAAAGACGUUUUGGCCCGUGCUGCAGCAAAGGGAUUGCUAGAUGGUAUUGAGUUAGCCAAAACAUCGAAAAGGGAGAAAAAGAAAAAGAAAUCUAAAACAUCACUGGUAAAACCUUCUACUAAUGAGGGCAUGAGCACACAAAUAAAAAUUGCAGAGUUCCUGAGCCGAGAAAUGAAACCACACGCUAAGAUUAGUUCAGAGACGCUAACAGCCAAAGUACCUGCUUCACAGAAAAGCACAGCCCCGUCAAGUUCUCCCCCGCAGAAAAAGCUGGUCAAGAUGCCGCCUAACGCCUUGGUGCCUUCCCUUAUGAAGAACUUGCCUUCCACAUCCAAGGGAUUCGAGAGGCAGAUGAUCACCGUGAGGCCGCGCCCAGAGGACAAAAUGGUGGCCCUGAAACCCGUAGAGAUUGUUUUGCCUCCGGUGAUGGUGACGUACUCUGGUGCCCAAGCCAACAAAAGCCAGAUUCCAGCACCACAGUUCUAUUACCGCUGGAUUGGAGGCAAGACUGGCAGCUUAGGGGCACCUUCAACAUCCAAAAAAACAGAAAAACCUAAAGAAAACUUACCUUCCAGUGCAGUGAGGCACCCUCAACCAUGGCUUUGAUCAUCACCUGUUAUUUUCCAGGGGUCAAAGGGCAGAGUAUUUUUCUACCAUAUUUGACCCUUCUCUAAAGGUUAAAUAUCCUAGCAUAGAUAUUUAUCCUUUAGGUCCUCAAGCCUCUACUGUGAAUCUAAAUGGGACACUACAUUCAGAGAAUUAAGAUAAGUGACAAUAAUGUAGUCCAGAAAACUAAGCAAAGCAGAGUUCACCAAACUGGAUAGCUUGGUGCUUUCCCUGUUUAGAAUGCAACAGUUGUAGAUUCACUAUCAGUUGUUAGACUUUUAUUACUUGGUCGAUAGGACAUCAGAGUUUUAAAAGAAAAGUGGUAGCGUCUUACCUAAAGAUAGAUCUUUAUCUUAUCCACCCGGUUUAUUUAAGAACUUAACUUUUAAGAAGACAGCUAUAGGAACAUAGUUGAGAAAAGAUGCUGGCCUUGUCAGAUGGAGUUUAUAUUCUUAUUUCAGCACGCAUCUUGUUGUAACUAAUUAACAUUGUAAGACAGCCUGUCCAUUCAGCCUUUAAGCUGAACUUUUAGUAUACAGAAGUUAGGGAGACUGCUUUAUACUGAUAUUGAGACUGAUUACAAGUAGGAAAACAGGAGGUUCUAAGGACCCCAUGGGCUGUACAGAACAGUUGUUCUUUUAUCUAGUGACAAUACCUCUCCGAGGGUGAGCUUUCCAGGGUCCUGAGCAGGAGAAGUGAGCACAGCUAUUUUUUGACCACUUAAGUCAAGUGCUUUUUAAAAUAAUGACUGAAAGCAAGUUUGCUCCCGAGUAUUAUCAAUUCUAAGAAGAUGUAAAAAUCGUUGGAUCCAAGUAACACCAGUGGUUGAAGAAACCCUAAAGAUUUCUAGUUCCACUUAAAACAUCAGGUGAAGUGUGAAAAGCUACAAGUCAUUUCAAAUUGAAAACAGUAAUCAAACUUUGGCAAAUCAUUUCUGUUGCACAAUCUGCUAAAAUAUAUUAGCAUUUUGUUAAUUAUAUUAAAUACCAAUUCAUCUUCUAAGUAUUAUCAACUGCCUACUAAGAAUUAGUUUGAUUGUCAUUUCUGGGUCUACUGAUCUUUUUUCAUCAUGGCAACAGAAAUUAUUUGACAGUAAGUAGAACUAGUUACAACUUUAGUGUCUUUUUAAAAUACUGUUCAAAAAAGUUUCAUAAAGUUUGAAUUUAAAUGA